AAAAGAUCCCGAAUCAGCGACAUGGCAAACCGGUCUUUGACAUUAUCGUGAUCCAAGACACCAAUUACCAUGUCCACUGCACGUCUGUCAACGUUAUGGGCGCGGGAACUCCGCAGUUCCCAGAGUCAAUGCCUCCAUCGCCAGCUUAACCAGCGCGCAUAUCUCUCCUCCACGACUUCAGCUUCCGUAUUUGCUAGCAGCACUGGCCGCAAUGCUACCUCCCCGAUGUCAGCUUCGCGCACUUCUCCCGUGCGCUCCUAUUCUCAAGGCUCCGCCAUCUCCCGCCUCGCCAAGAGCGCGUUGGCCCCCGGCGCAUCAGCCGAAACCUAUAUCGCAUACGGCAUGACCCAGAAACUCUUCCAGGCAUGCUCGAGCCAAGCAGACUAUGAAGUGCCGCAAGCCUCACAGAAGGGCGUCCCCGUGCCGACCACCGAGUCUGGCGAGCAUCUCGGCAUUUCGGACAGUUGGUGGUAUAAAGAACUCGGCCUCGUCCCUACAUUCUCAACCUGGUCCCAAAUCACCUUCCUACACAUGUACCUCCUGACCGUCCGCCUGCGCGCCCUCCCCAACCGCGAAUCUUUCCAGACUUACUCACGCCACCUAAUCGACCACUUUUCCCACAAUGCCGAGCACCGCAUGGAUGACCUCCAUGACAUCGGUUCUCGCUCGAUCCGCAAUAAGUACCUCAAGGACCUUUUCAUCCAAUGGCGUGGUAUUAUCGCCGCCUACGAUGAGGGCCUGAUUAAGGGUGAUGCCGUGCUUGGCGCUGCCGUGUGGAGGAAUCUCUGGAAGGCAGAGGCUACGGGGCCCGAUGGGAAGGAGUUAGAUUGGAGCAAGGUUGCUUGGGUGGUGGCCUAUAUGAGGCGUGUUACGGCACAGUUGGCUAAGAUGGACGAGGCGGAUAUUGUGAUGGAAUUGAGUGGGGCUGGGGGCCAGGAGUCGAAGAUUUUCGGGUUUUCGGCGAUAGAUCGGAAGGCUAUUGAGGGGUUGUGAUGAUUUUGUGAAGUGAGAAGAUAGAGGGUGGUUUGUUGAUGGAUGGAGCUCUUGGGAUUCUUGGUGUUUUGGACUUUUCUCCAUUCUUUUCUUUUCUCUUCAGAUUGUGUUAAUAGUAGGGAUGGGGGAGAUAGAAGGCAACCCGUUCGUUACGAGACUAAUCCGACAUGUACAAUAUUUGAUUAGAUGAAGAUGCAUUCAUUGGAAAUUUGGUGUAUCAAAGACACGUCUCUUUCUCAUUCUGAGGUGCUUUCUUUGCGGCUCACGGUUAUGCCGAGCUUUUACUUCUUACCAAACAGGUCCUUCUCAACCAUUCCCCGGCAAAUCGGGUGGUAAAAGUCCUUAUACUUCUCAAAGGUCUCAAGAGCAACGGGGCGGUUGAUCCUCUGCAAGUUGCGGAACAAGGGUCGGACGAACUUCAUGCGUCCAAUGCGGCCCAGCAACUCGGUAGUAGGCUCAAUGACACUCUCGUCUCCGGCCUUCAUACCCACCUGCAGGUACAAGUUGGCCACCUCGAUGUUGGAGCUCUUAGAAAGACCGUAAACCUCUCCCAUCAGCUUGGACAGCUCAGGAGUAAGCGGCUUCUCCCACAGCAGAAUCUGCUCGAGGAAGACCAAGAUCUGGUUCGCAGCCAGACCCUCGAGAUCGCUAGCCUGAGGUUUGAAAGAGCAGUCGGGCAGGGACUCCCACUUCUUGGCGAGUGCGUAGACAACGUCCACCAUGGAGGUGUCAAAGUCCGGCUUGGGAGGCAGACCGGGUGCGUAGAACCACCUGUCCCAAUCCAGCUCGUUCAGGAGCUUGGAGGCCUCGGCAUCAGACUGGAAGAAGUCCAGGAUGGUAGCCUUGAACUCGUACGAGUCCAAAGAUUUGCACUUGAAGGUGGUG